AUGAGAUCCACGGCGCUGGCUAUCUCCUUGUUCCUCGGCUCGGCUCUUGCCGUCCCGCUCGAGGUCGAUGCUGAGAAGCGUCAAACUUGCCCUAGCAUCCACGUCUUUGGAGCCCGUGAGACUACGGCUGCGGCUGGCUAUGGAUCCUCCAGCACAGUUGUCAAUGAAGUACUGAAUGCUUACCCGGGCUCUACGGCUGAAGCUAUUGUCUAUCCUGCAUGCGGGGGACAGUCCUCAUGCGGGGGCGUAAGCUACUCUAGCUCAGUGGCUCAGGGCAUCCAAGCCGUCGCAUCGGCGGUCAAUGCUUUCAAUGCCCAAUGUCCACAGGCGAAGAUUGUUUUGGUGGGAUACUCUCAGGGUGGUGAGAUAAUGGAUGCUGCUCUAUGCGGCGGCGGUGUACCCAACCAGGGCUACACCAACACAGCCGUCCCGCUGACCUCAUCCGCCGUGAAUCAAAUCAAAGCCGCUAUCUUCAUGGGCGAUCCUCUGUUCAGAGCCGGGCUUCCAUACGAUGUCGGAACCUGUGCUGCUGGAGGCUUCGAUGAGCGACCGGCUGGCUUUAGCUGUCCGUCAGCCGGGAAGAUCCAGUCGUAUUGUGAUGCCUCCGAUCCAUACUGUUGCAAUGGCAGUAAUGCCGCGACUCAUAAUGGCUAUGGUGCCGAGUACGGAUCCCAGGCUUUGACUUUCAUCAAGAGCAAGCUUUCUGCCUCUUAG